CAGGGUCCCGGUCCCGCCGGGAUGCGGGCGAUGGCGGCGGGCGGCGGGGCCGGGGGUGCCGGGGACGUGACCAUCGAUGUCCCCGGGCACGGGAAGGUGGUGGUUGACAUUGGCUACGGUGGCACGUUCUACGCCUUCCUCAGUGCCCAGCAGCUGGGCCUCGAUGUCUGCUCUUCCAAGACCAGGGACCUCGUCGGUGCAGCGAGCGCGGUGACCGAAGCGGUGAAGGAGCAGUUCAAGCUUCAUCACCCCGAGAGCGAAGACCUGGCGUUCCUCUACGGCACCAUCCUGACAGAUGGGAAAGAUGCCUUCAGUGAGGAGCCCACCACCAACAUCUGUGUGUUUGCAGAUGAACAGGUUGACCGCAGCCCGACAGGCUCGGGUGUGACAGCUCGCAUCGCCCUGCAGUACCACAAGGGGCUCAUCCAGCUGGGUCAGACCAGAACCUUUCGCAGCAGUACCACAGGCUCCUUGUUCACUGGGAAGGCAGUGAAGGAGGCCAAGUUUGGGGGCUACAGUGCUGUCGUGGUGGAAGUCUCGGGUGAAGCCUUUUACACCGGCACAGCCACCUUCACUGUCGAAGAGGAGGACCCGCUGAAAUACGGCUUCUUCUUCAAAUGACCUGAGCCACUUGGGCGGUGGCAAACUCUCCGGUGGUGCUUUGCUUCUCCUGCCCACACAGUCCUGCUCUGCCUCUCCACCUGGCUCUUGAUGUGCCAGAGCAACAGGAACCACCAGCACCAGCCUUGGGUGGUGUGAUGGCAUCUGCCGAGGUUCAGGAGAACAGGCAGUGUUCCCCUGUUGUGAUGAGCAUAUCAGGUGCAAUUUGAUUAGCAUAUAACGGGCUCCUCUGAGAAGCCACCAUCUUUCUCUUCUUUCUUUUCAAUAAUUAUUCGCAGAAAUUGGAGCUGGUCUUGGGGGGCUGUCUUCAAAUUUAUGUGCCUUCUGCAAACUACCAAUUUCAAAGCCAAUUAAAUGUCAGCUGAAGAUA